UCAUCUAUACUUCUACACAAGCUUCUCUUUGUUUUCUUGUUAACAUUACAUUAACUUGUUCACACAAUUCUCUGAAGAUAUGAAGGGUAGGUUUCCGACGGAGGAAGACAUGAAGGGCAUCGAGCACAAGCUGCCUUUCAUGUCGAAAUUCGACAUAUUGGUUGAAGUUUGUAGGGUUGCUUCUGAGUUAUAUGAUCAAGAAAACAAGAGCAAUGAGGGUAGUCAUGAAAAAUCUUGGGGGAAGAGGCCUAUGAGGGGUGAUCAUGAUCAAGAAAACAAGAGUAAUGAGAGUAGUGAUGUUAAGGCUUUUGAUGUCGAAAAAUCUUGGGGGAAGAGGCGUGUGAGGGGUGAUCAUGAUCAAGAAAACAAGAGUAAUGAGAGUACUAAUUUUAAGGCUUUUUUCGAUGUCGAAAAAUCUUGGGGAAAGAGGGCUGUGAGUCUUGAUCAUGAUCAAGAAAACAAGAGCAAUGAGAGUAGUAAUGUUAAGGCUUUCAAUAUCGAAAAAUCUCGGGGAAAGAGGGCUGUCAGGGGUGAUCAUGAUCAAGAAAGUAGCAAGACUGUAUGGUUGAGUUCAAGAUCAAGAAUUUGUUGUAUCUCAGGAGAGGAGUUGUUUAAGAGGGGGCUUAAGAGGGUUGAGGGGGAGAGUUCUUCGGGUUUUCGAGGCAAUGCGGGGAGAUCAGGGAGUGGUCUUGAUCGUGGGAAGAAGAGAAAGUACUAUGGUUUUGAGGAUUUUGAGGUUUAUGAAAAGAAAGAGAGGGUUCUUGGGAAGAAAAGGACUUAUUGUGGCCCGAAAGACGAAGAUUUUGAGUAUUCUGUGGAGAGAAAGAAGGCUAGGAAGAAUAAUUUUAAGGUGAGGGCUAGAGUUGUGGAAGCUGCACCAUUGCCUGGAGAGUUUGCUGCUGAGAUUUUGAGGCUGGGGGGUAAUGAUGUCAAAUUAUUGAUACAAAAGAAUAUUACUGCAACUGAUUUGAACGCUAGUGAGAAUCGGUUUUCGAUUCCUGUUAACCAGCUUAGAGAAGAAGGGAAAGAUUUUCUUACCGAAGAUGAGGAGAAAACGUUGGAUCGACGCAAUGCAGGCAAUGGUAUUGUGCCAAUUCCAGUUCGGGUCCUCGAGCCUAACCUUAAGAGGUCGUUUAUCAAUUUCAAGAAGUGGCCUAUGAAUAAUUCGUUUUGUUAUGUUUUGUGCGGCUCUUGGACUGUGAUGCAGAAGAAUAAUCGUCUUCAAGCUAACACGGAGUUACAAGUAUGGUCGUUUCGGGUUAAUGGAGAAUUGAAUUUGGCAUUGGUGAAAGUCCCUAAAAUAUAAGUCAUGUUCUGAGGUCUGAAUCCUGAUAAUGCAGAGUCUUUCAAGUCAUGAUCUACUGGAGUAUGGUAACGAAGAUUAACUUACUUGGUUUGUUUCUUAAUUAGUUACGAUUAUUAGUAGUUAUUGGUUGGUUUUAGAGGUGUUUGCCUAAUAUUAUUUACAGACUAAUAAGAUUAGCCAAACACCUGAGGUUUUGGUUCCCAUUCUGUAGAGUACUUAAC